CGUUUCCUCAAUCGACUCAAUUCUCAAACACGCUUUCCUUAAUCUCUCCGCCGCGAACCACCGGCUAAAUAUUCUCUUCACAUUCGAUCGCCGGAAACAACCGGUACCAUGACUCAAGCGUUGCCUAUUGUUCUAGGUUCUGGUCCCAAACUCUUCUCACCUUACAAGUUGGGAAGGUUCAAUCUCGCCCACAGGGUAGUAUUUGCACCAUGCACAAGGUGUAGAGCUUUGGACAGUAUCCCACAACAGGCACACGUGGAGUACUAUUCCCAAAGGGCCACUCAAGGCGGAUUUCUUCUCACUGAGGGAACUAUGAUCGACCCUACUUCAGCCGGGUUUCCAAAUGUGCCUGGGAUUUUUACCCAGGAGCAAGUGGAGGGCUGGAAGAAGGUGGUCGAUGCUGUCCAUGCUAAGGGUGCGGUUUUCUUUUGCCAACUUUGGCACGUGGGUCGUGCAUCUCAUCAAGCGUAUCAGCCUGAUGGGGCUCCACCAAUUUCAUCCACAGAGAAGCAGAUUUCAGAGCAUUGGCCUCUGAUCAUGCCAGACGGUUCCUACGGCCACUUCUCAAAACCAAAAGCUUUAUCAACCAACGAAAUAUCCAAAUACGUAGAUUUAUAUCGCAUCGCCGCAACUAAUGCCAUCGAAGCAGGCUUCGAUGGCAUCGAACUCCACUCAGCCCACGGCUACCUAAUAGAUCAAUUCUUAAAAGACGGAAUAAAUGACCGGACCGACCAGUACGGCGGGUCCCUGGAAAACCGCUGCAGAUUUUUACUGCAGAUAAUUGAGGCGGUGGCCACGGCCAUCGGACCCGACCGGGUCGCCGUGCGGAUUUCCCCUGCCAUUAACCACAUGGACGCCACCGACUCCGACCCGCUCGCCCUCGGCCUAGCCGUGGUGGAGAGGCUCAACAAGCUGCAGGCCGACCUCGGCUCCAAGCUGGCCUACCUCCACGUCACGCAGCCGCGCUUCACCGCCCGGGAUGACGGCGACGCCAACAAGUUCGGCGGCGAGGAAAAGGAGGCGCUGCUGAUGAACAGCCUGAGGAAGGGCUAUGAGGGGAGUUUUAUGAGCAGCGGUGGGUAUACAAGGCAGCUGGGGAUUGAAGCUAUUGAGAAAGAUGAAGCCGAUCUCGUGUCGUUUGGGCGGCUUUUCAUCGCAAAUCCGGAUUUGGUGUUGCGCUUCAAGCUGGACGCGCCGCUCAACAAGUACGAUAGGUCUACGUUCUACACCUCCGAUCCCGUUGUGGGAUACACUGAUUAUCCUUUCCUAGACCAAGUUGCAGAUAGCUCUGUUCCUGCUCAAGCUUGAUAUUCGAGAUUUUUUGCUGGAUAAUUGACUGGUUAAACUAUUUAUGCUUACAACUUUAGUGUCAAUUAUUUUGUAGUGGUUAAAAAUUAAAAUCUUUCCUGUGCAGCGAAUCCUAGUAGCACAAUAUGAAAUCUUCUUUUUCCAUA